UGUUAAAAGUGUGUUUUAUGCUAUGGUUAUGAUGAUAGUAUGGAGACUGUGGUAUUUCCAUUACAUCUGAUUCUCUUCUAGCGGAAGAAAAUACAAUUCAGGGAAAUGCCAUUUUUUGUGACGUUCUUGGUGAGGCGGAACCGACAGUAUAAAGAAUGGCGAGAGGCUGGUGAGGGGGAAAUACCGUUGACGACAGCGAUCUUCCUUCUUCCGUUUGUACUUGGAGAAAGCAGUCUGAUCGCUGGGAGGACCAUGUCAUGCGGGCUGUGGAAAGAAACCCUGGCUGUAGCAGAGGACUACCUGUCUGUCUGCAGUAUCGUCCCUGCCAGUGGGUCCCAGAAAGCCCCGCCCCCUCCUCCUCCCAGCGAAUCGGCUGCAGCCAUGCGACGCCUGGCCCGGGACAUGGAGGCCCAGCACCAGGCCCGCUUCCACACCCUGGCACACAGCUUCCUGUGCCAGUGCGGGCCGGACCCCUGCACCUGUCUGAGGAGGGUGAUGGAGGAGCUGGUGGGAGACGGACAGAUGAACUGGGGGAGGGUGGUCUCUCUGUUCACCUUCACUGGGGUGCUGGUCAGAGAACUACAGGGAGAGGACACUGACCAGGGGAAUGGGAUGGGGCUGGGGGGGAAGGAGAGCUGCAGGGCGCUGGCGGAGACCAUAGCAGACUACCUAGGAGAAGAGAAGAGUGACUGGAUGCUGCAGAACAAAGGCUGGGAGGGCUUCUGUAAGUUCUUCCACACAGCAAGAGAGGUGAAACAGGACUUGUCCAUGAAGACUGCUCUGUUUGCUGCCGCUGGCAUGGGCAUCGCAGGGUUAACCUUCCUCCUGGUCCGCUAACACACAGCACCUGCUGCAUCAUCAGUCUCAUUUCAAAGUAAUGACAGUGUGGUAGGUCUUUAAUGGGUUAAAUGGUGUCACAACAGGGGCGAAACAGUGUCUUGAAAAUGGAGGGGGGAGAGAGAGAAUAGUGGUUGGGACAUGUCCCCCUUCACCCCCGGUGAAUUAUGUCACAUUGAAGCAGGAUUCCAUUACAUGGUUUAGUUGUUUCAUUCGUUCAACCAUCAACUGAAUGUUUCCACAUCUUUCAGCCCCGCAGUAAUACCUUCAACUAUUACCAACUCUAUUAUUCAGUCAUACCUGGAGAUUGUAACACAACAAACUAAAUGCCUUCUGAAAUGAUGGAGUAUGUGAAUAUUAUUAGUUUGCAUAUCUUUCCCCUGUUAUGUUAUUAAAAUGUUGUAUUUUGUCAAAGCGAGCGCACAGGGACCACAUGUUGUGUUGACCACAACUGGACCACUAUGGUUGGUAGCAUUCUGUUCGACCGUGCAGCUACAAAGAUGACCAUUUUGAUGUUGAUGGCCGCUUCCCUAAUGGCGACUUCUUCCUUAUAUCAGGGGUAUCCAAGCCUGAAGUUUCCAAGUAGUCCUGGUUUUCUGUUCUACCUGAUAAAUAAUUGCACCCAACUGGUGUCUCAGGUCUAAAGCCGUCCCUAGUAAGAGGGGAAGAAUGAAAAUGAACAGUUGAACUGGCCUGGUGGUCCAGAUUUCAAUAUCCCUGCCCUAUAUAGGAAUGGGGUGCCAUUUGGGACGAACCCCAUCAUUUUGUCCAUUGGUUUAGUGUCCUGACUUAAAUGUAUUAAUGUCUCUUGCCUUUCUACUUCAAAUGUGUGUGUGUGUGUGUGGCAAGAAGCCUUUUUUAGUGUAAUAAACAUAUACAUUAAUAUAUUAUAUUUAUAUGAAAUAAAAAUGUAAACAGUGGCCAUCUUUGAAUUGACACUUGGCAGAUUUCAUUGUUAAUUUUUAGUUUUGACCUAUUUUCUCUGUCUCGUCAUGUUAAACAUCUAUGGUUUACAACAGGGUUAUUCUACUCCAGGCCCGGCAGUCCACAGUACUGCUUGAUUAUUUUCUACCUGGUAAUUGAUUGUCACUGAUUGGCCAGAGAGCCUACAUACAUCCCGCCUCCCGUCUCUGAUUAGAAGGAGAGAAUGAAAACCAGAAGUGUUUAGGUCCUCCAGGCCUGCAGUUGAAUAUCCUUGGUAUGUCUAUGUAUGUUUCUGUCUCUGUCUCUGAGAUGGUGUGUAAUGUCUUUCAGGGCUUUACAGACAGUGGUGCUACAGUGUGAUAUGAUAUUACAGACAUCAUGUCUGCCUCACCUUAGACCAAUUAACUAGACAUGGACUGCAUCCCAAAUGGCACCCUAUUCCCUACAGGGCAUUACUUUUAUUUAUUUAUGUCUUUUUCUAAAUAAAAAGUUGCAAUCA